GGCACACAAGCAGCGGACCAGCAGUCUGCCAACAUGGCGCUGCUCGCUGCGGUCGGAGCCCCGUUGUCUCGUCCGUUUCCUCUUCGUGUUCGGUUCCCCCGGAGUACCUGAAGAAGUACCCUCGUACCACAGCGGUGUACGCACUUCCAGAGAGUACCUCGCAGUAUUUAUCCGGUGAAUACUCCACAUUAAUUGGCUGCUGCAGCUUGUGAGCGAGAAAACAAAUUUAAAAAAAAAAAAAAAAAAAAAAAGGGGGAGUCGUGUUUUCAUAUAUAUAUAUUUUUAAAAAAAAAGCAGACGCCAUGGCCACAGCGGAGGUAUGGGAGUGACGUGACGGCCUACUGGUCCUGCUUCACUAACGCGAAACACCCCCAUCCCCCCCGUCGGCGCCAUGCCUCUCCUGCUGAAGUAACGGCGAGAGAAUGGACGAGUCGGUGUUGCUGGAUUUGCUGGAGUGCCCCGUUUGCCUGGAGCGCCUGGACGCCUCGGCGAAGGUGCUCCCCUGUCAGCACACCUUCUGCCGCCGGUGCCUCCAGGGCAUCCUGGGCUCUCGCGGGGAGCUGCGCUGCCCGGAGUGCCGGACCUUGGUGGAGUGCGCCGUGGACGAGCUGCCCAGCAACAUCCUCCUCGUGCGCCUGUUGGACGGCAUCAAGCAGAGGCCCCGGAGGGCCGCCCCCGGGCCGGGGGUCUGCACCAACGGCACCUCGGGAGCCGUGGCCAGAGCCUGGCCGGAGCGCGGCGGUGCCAGGGACCAGGGACCCCCGGGUCCACAGCCCCAGCGAGCUCAGGCUAAGAGCACCCUUGUGCGGGGCGCCGCCCAGCUCCCGUGUGCCAAGGCGCUCUACAACUACGAUGGCAAGGAACCCGGAGACCUCAAGUUCGCCAAGGGCGACGUCAUCAUCCUGCGCCGCCAGGUGGACGAGAACUGGUACCACGGCGAGAUGGGCGGCGUCCACGGCUUCUUCCCCACCAACUUCGUCCAGGUCGUCAAGCCACUGCCGCAGCCGCCGCCUCAGUGCAAAGCGCUGUACGACUUCGAGCUCAAGGACAAGGAGGCGGACAAGGACUGCCUGCCCUUCUCCAAGGACGACAUCCUGACGGUGAUCCGCCGAGUGGACGAGAACUGGACGGAGGGAAUGCUGGGAGAUAAAAUUGGAAUUUUCCCCAUCUCGUACGUCGAGUUCAACUCGGCAGCUCGGCAGCUGAUAGACUUGGACAAGCCGUCGGACUCCAGCGGAGACUCCGGCGAGGGCGCCUCCUCGGGGCCCCAGAGCAACGGCGCCCAGCGCGCGGGGGAGAAGAAGAACAGCAAGAAGCGACAUUCCUUCACCUCCCUCACCAUGUCCCACAAGCCCGCGCUGGCUCCGCCCCCACAGCGCCACUCCAUGGAGAUCAGCGGGCCCGUGCUCAUCAGCUCCAGCAACCCCACGGCGGCCGCGCGGAUCGGGGAGAUCAGCGGGGGGCUCUCCUGCAGCGCGCCGUCACAGGUACACAUUUGCACAACUGGACUAAUCGUGACCCCGCCCCCUAGCAGCCCCGUCACCACGGCAACGGUCUUCACGUUUCCCUCGGAGACGAGCUACACCUCCAUCUCCGUGGACGCUCUGCCGCCGCCCCCGCCUCCUCCCCCGCUGUCCUCCGUCGACGGAGCGGCGUAUUCAUUGGCUGCCGGACAGAGACCCUCCCCCAGCAUAAGUGACCAAAGUGGGAGACAAAGACCCACAGUCUACGUGGCCAUGUUCCCCUACGGCCCCCGAAAGGAGGACGAGCUGGAGCUGAGGAAGGGCGAGAUGUUCCUGGUGCUGGAGCGCUGCCAGGACGGCUGGUUCAAGGGCACCUCCAUGCACACGGGCAAGAUCGGGGUCUUCCCCGGCAACUACAUGAGCCCCGUCAGCAGGACGGCAUCGGGCAGCACUCAGCCCAAAGCUCCCAUGAGCCUUUGCACCCAGGCCGGCCGGGGGGUCACCGUCGUCAGCCCCUCCGUCGCUCCGGGCCCCGACUUCAACAAGCCCCUCGCCGUGUGCUCCGGCGCCGCUCCGGCCAGCUCCCAGGCCGCGGCCACGGCGGCGCAGACGGCCACGGGCCAACAGCCCAAAGUCCCGCUGCACGCCGGCUCGCAGAUGACCGUGAACCAGGCUCGCAACGCGGUCAGGACGGCCGCGUGUCACGGUCAGGACCGGCCCGCGGCGUCCGCGACCCCGUCCGCCGGUCCCGCGACGUACCUGCCGCACCUGGCCGUGUGCCCGCAGCCUUCCUCCGGUCCCGCCCAGUGCUGCUCCCGGGCGGGCGCGGCGAUGGGCUGCGCCGCCGCCUCUCUGACGCCACCCAACGUCAGCGCCGCGUCCCUGGAGGGCGACGCCCUGAGAGCCGGGGCCGCCGGCCUCGUCGCUCGCCCGCCGACCUUGGACAAAGACGUCAAGAGGGAAAAGAAAAGUCUCCUGAAGCUGCUGUCCUCCAACAAGAAGAAGCCUCGUCCGUCGCCGCCCUCCUCCCCGACCCUGGAGGCGGAGCAAGCUGCAGCCGGAGAGGCGCUCCACGGCGGCGCUGACGCCUCCCCUCACUCCGGCGGCGGCGGCCUCGAACCCGAACCCGCCGCGGCCGCCUUCUCGUCUUCCUCGGCCCCGGACUCCUCCCACCGGAAGAGCAGCCCCCUCGAUGGAUGCGCGCCCAUCGCUCCUCCUCCUCGCCAGCCGUGCUCUUCCCUCUUAUCUCAGCAGCACGACGCGCGACCCAUCAUCUGCGAGAGGUACCGGGUGGUGGUGUCGUACCCCCCCCAGAGCGAGGCGGAGCUGGAGCUCAAGGAGGGCGACAUCGUGUUCGUCCACAGGAAGCGAGAAGACGGCUGGUUCAAGGGAACGCUGCAGAGGAACGGCAGGACCGGACUGUUCCCCGGCAGCUUUGUAGACAGCAUCUAGCACACACACACACACACACACGCACACACACACGCACACAUACGCACACACUACGGGGAACCGACAUGGUCACCGGCCUCGCAAGGUUUUGCCGGGACGAGAUCAAAAUAUCGACACUUUAACUCCUUUUAGAGAUCUUUUAGGGGAGGGGGAGGGGCAUGUUGCCAUUGAAAGCACCGUGGAGAUAGUUAUGUACGGAAGCCCUGAGCGGACAUUAUUCAAACGUUGUUGUGUAAUUAAAUAUCACACGCGGGAAAAAAACAAAAUAAAGGUUGAAAAUGUUUUCGGUCAAAUUAACCUCGACGGGGAAGACCGACUUAUCGUGAAGUUAGUGGAGAGACGCAUGCAUGUGUCAACGUCCGGUUUUUCAAAAUAAAGGUGUUCACAAGAGUACAUAAAAAAAAAAAAAAAAAAGAAAAGAUUAAUAGAUUAAAAAAUAAUGUUACCCGUGUUGUUUUUUAAUUAAAAAGUAAAUGACACUAAAUCGUGAGGGGAAAACGUCCUUAUUCUUAGAUUUUGAAUGAUAUAAAGGUUAAUAAUCUGACUAUAUACGGUCAAUUAUGACAUUUUACAAAGUAAAAGUCCCACAUUUGUAGCAUGAAUAGCUACUUUUAUGAACACUUACUCCGUAAUUCCUGACGAUGACGAGUACAUCUGACUACAUACGAACUGAAAUGACUUCAGAUCUGAAAAGAAAUGUAGUUAUUUCACAGUAGAAAUGUAAAAUUCCACAUUUCUUCAACUCAAAUGCAUCCGUCAUUGUGAGGAAUUAUUAUUUUUCCAGCCAGCUAAAGACCAAAGAAUAAAAACGUUUCUCUCAUAGUUUGGUGGUAUUUUUAAUUCAUUAGAAACACAGGAAACACGCUUGUAAAUAUAAUCCAUUCCAUCUCAUUUCCACAUGUGUAGUUUGUCAUCUUAUUUUGAAAACAGGAUGUAGUCACAACAAGCAGGUUUUAAAUCCCUCCCUCGCAGUCGGGUUUGAUUUGAUCCAUUUAAGUUGUAACUUAAAUGGAUCAAAAGGAAACAACCUUUUUUUUUCUUCUUUUUCUAGAGAUAAUUAACUUUUUUAUUUUAUAAAACAACGUGUGAAUUGUGUCCAUUCAGGGCUUCCGUAGUCAGCAGAGACACACUACUUAUAAACUUUUUUUCCUCCUUUUUUUGUUGGUUAUUUAUAUCUUUCAGCUGUUUAAAUGUGUGCCUUGUACUGUUCCUCACUUAUUGUACAUAAAGGACACAAAGAUUAGUCCUAAAAAAAAAAAAAGAAGUUGAAAUAGAUACGUUACACAUUUAACUUAUUUCAUAGAGCGGUACCUUUUUUAUUUUUAUUUCUUUUGUGCAACACAUAAAGGGGCUUCAGCUUUUUACACUUCGCCUCCCUCAGUCUUCUGUUUUUUUUUUUUUUACCAUCAUCUCAAAGCGGAAGAAAGUCAGUGGGCUGCUGUGGGAGGAAGACGGGUAACUCAAACCCCCGUUAACUCAAACCCGCUAACUCAAACCUGAGGAUUGGAAGUAUUUCUGUGGGGCGUUCACGGGCCUCCAGGUGUUUUUUGUUACCUGCAGCGAUCAAAAUGUCUGCACACGUGAUGAGCAAAGUGAUGACUUCCUGCAGGGGGCGACAAAGUGGCGUUGGGAUGUGUUGCAGGAAUUUUUAUUUUUAUUUAUUUUGAAACACACUCCAGGACGGCCGUUGCAGUCUAAAAUAUGUUUUACUUACUUUGAACCUUCUUUGUAUUUCCUGACCAGGAGUCGCUCCUCUCAGACGCGGCUCUCCACCGAAAGAGUGACUCAACACUUUGGUAACGCCGACACACACACACACACACACACACACACACACACACACACACACACACACACAGUCCGCGGGAAGAGACGAGUAAUUCUGUCUGAUCUCAAAAGAUGAGCUUUUUGUCAGAAUCCAUCAUUUAGUUUUUUCCUUGAUUUUCGCGGUUGUGUUUUUUUGUGUUUUUGUACAUUACUUCUAUAAAAAAGGUCUUAAGUAUCGUAUUGACUUGAAUUACUGUAACAUUUCUGUUGAUUUUGUGGGUAUUUUUUUUUUUGGGGUGCUCGUUUGAAAGACAAAAAAUGAAUGGGCAGUUUUUUUCGUCAAACGGAUGAAAUAUCUCAACGUGUGACGAAGCCCUUCAAAAUAAAGGUCUUGUUAGGUAUUAGCCGCCUCCAGUGGACCCCACGACAUUUCAUGUAAUGCGACUUAUUGAUCUUCCGAGUCCCGUGAGGUAUUUAAACACUUUAAAAUUGAGGCGAUCGCAGCAUCGUGCCAAAAUUUGGCUUUUUGAGAAUGAAUUUACUGGCUGAAUUUGACUUUUUUUUUUUUUGUAUUUCUUUUAUUUCUUUUAUUUUGUAGUCUUUCGUUGUUAAUCGAGGGGGACCACUGUGUAACUGACUGCUGGAAUAUGUUUGUUUGGGAUAUUUGGAUCGUGUGUGUGGGGAGAAAAGGAUGGUACAAAUCACUGUUGGGGCCUUUUGUUUAUUUAGUUCUUUUUAUUCUGGAUUUAUGUAGAAUUAAUUAAUCUGACGUCGUCUUGGCAACCACCGCACCGACCUCGCUAAAACCGUCUUUUUCAUUUCACUGGUACGCCUUUUUUUUAAUAUUCAUGCACUACGGACACGAAUCUAACCGGCUCGUUUCCUAACAGCUCAUAAACUAUAUUUCCUUUUAUUGGAACACUCAACUUAACGGAUUCUCCUCGUACGCCAAGGUGACUUACUUGAUUUUUAUUUUAUUUAAAUUUUAUUUUGUCUGUAGUUAUUCUGUUGUAUGUCUGGAAAAAUGGUGAAAACUGAAAUUUGGCACAAAUCUAUUAUGUGAAAAAAUACAUUCUGAAGUAUUUGAGGAAAUAGCACAUUUUGUAUUAAGAAAAAAUCCAAAAAAAAAAUCUCUAACAAUAAAAAGCGAAUGGUUUCCAUAA